CAUAGUCACAAGACCUCUCAGCUGAGGUAGCUGUCUCUCAAUUUUCUAUUUUCUGUAGAAUAAUUCUCUACAAAAAUUAUCUAAUUGUGGGUGGCGUCUUUUUCUUUAAAUUCUAUAGCCAAAAUGGCUCAUAUUAAUGAAGAGAAUGUUAGCAAACUAAUUCCAUCGCUAGGCGAUGACAAAAUCGAUAUGAUUGCCGCUACAAGCGCACUACAAAUAAGGGCGAGUGAGAUUCGUCAAACUCAAAUUAACUGGCAAUCCUAUUUGCAGUCGCAAAUGAUCACUCAGCGUGAUCACGACUUCAUUGUGAAUUUGGACCAACGUGGGCAAAAAGACUUGCCAGAUAAGAACCCUGAUGCCUGUGCAGAUGUUUUCCUGAAUCUGCUUACCCAUAUUAGUAAAGACAAUACCAUCCAGUAUGUCCUUGUUUUGAUAGACGAUAUUCUUUCAGAAGAUAAGUCUCGUGUCAAGAUAUUUCGCAAUGCUAGACACGGAAAUGUGUGGCAGCCAUUCUUGAACCUGCUAAAUCGUCAAGAUGAGUUUGUCCAGCAUAUGACUGCUCGUAUCAUUGCCAAGCUUGCUUGCUGGCACCCACAGCUCAUGGAGAAGAGCGACUUGAAUUUCUACCUCUCCUGGUUGAAGGAGCAGCUUAAAAUGAAUGCCGAGAAAGUGUCCGCUGAGUUAGAGCAUGCUGAGCAGGUUAUGUUGGAGCAUGAAAAACAACACUUCUCUGAUAAACCCAUAAAACAUCACAAAGAAAAGAGUGGAGAAAAAGCUGACUCUUCCCAAGAAAAAUAUUCGAGCCUUUAUAGCUCUUUUGAUGUUCUCAAAUCGCAUCAGGAUUUGCCGCCGGGCCUGCAUAAGACAAAUGACUAUAUUCAGUCAGUUGCUCGCUGUUUGCAAAUGAUGCUUCGUGUCGACGAGUACCGCUUCGCAUUCCUGUCAGUUGACGGCAUUUCCACUCUGCUAUCCAUCCUCGCUUCAAGAGUCAACUUCCAGGUGCAAUACCAACUCGUGUUCUGCCUCUGGGUAUUGACAUUCAACUCUCUCCUCGCUGAGAAAAUGAACAAAUUUAACGCCAUUCCGAUCCUUGCUGACAUCCUGAGCGACUCGGUCAAAGAGAAGGUCACACGCAUCGUGCUCGCAGUCUUCCGUAACCUGAUUGAAAAACCUGAAGACCAACAGGUAGCCAAGGAGCACUGCAUUGCCAUGGUCCAAUGUAAAGUGCUGAAACAACUUUCAAUCUUGGAACAGAAGCGCUCAGACGACGAAGAUAUCAUGAACGACGUGGAUUUCCUCAAUGAUCGCUUGCAAGCCUCAGUUCAGGACCUGAGCUCAUUCGACCAGUACGCCACUGAGGUUAAGAGUGGACGACUGGAGUGGUCGCCCGUGCACAAGUCGGCCAAGUUCUGGCGCGAGAACGCGGCGCGCCUCAACGAGCGCGGCCAGGAGCUGCUGCGCACGCUCGUGCACCUGCUGGAGAAGAGCCGCGACCCCGUCGUGCUCGCCGUGGCGUGCUACGACGUGGGCGAGUACGUGCGCCACUACCCGCGCGGCAAGCACAUCAUCGAACAACUUGGCGGCAAGCAACGCGUCAUGUAUCUGCUUAGUCACGAAGACCCCAACGUUCGUUAUGAAGCUCUGCUUGCUGUUCAGAAGCUCAUGGUUCACAACUGGGAAUACCUUGGCAAGCAACUGGAAAAGGAACAGAUUGACAAACAGUCUGGUGGCACUGCUGUAGGUGCUAAGGCUUAAAAUGUUUGCAUUAUUGCUUAUUUAAUAUUGUUAUUGUUGUCCUCAACUUAUAUUGCAGUUAUAUAGCGACAAUUAUAUGUCUAAAGCCAUUAAGUAUUACAAUGUUGUAAAUAAAAUAGCGCUGUUGAAAAAAUAAACUGCAAUGAUUAAAAACAUAAAUAUGAUGUCUAAUUAUCUAAAGAUUCAAACUUCAUGUAAAUAUAUAUUGACACGGAUAUAUUUAUGAAUUUAAUUGUUAUUUAUUUUUAAAAAACCAGGUAUGUAUUGCCAGCAUUAUAAAAAUUAUAAAUUGUUUACAAAUUUCAAAAAUCACAUUCCUAUAAAGAUUUAUUAUUGUUACAUAAAAUUUAAAUAUAAUCAUUAAUAAAUUCUAUAUUUAAAAUUGUAGAAGUGGUAGCAUAUUUAAAGUGUGUACUGUGAACUGGCUACAUUAGAAAAUAAACUUCAUGAGAA